AUGCAGAUGCACGGCGGCUCUGAACGUUUUCCCACGGCUAUGAGCACUCCCGACACGAGACGAGUGGAAAAUCUCCUCCGCGAACUCGAUGCACAACGCACAGCCUACAUUGACACUUUCACAAAAGUCCACGAGCAGAUCACUCAAACCCUAGCUUCUACCGUUUCCAAGGAUGUCCUCCGCUCUGGAACACCGCCAGCUUCACAACAGCCGGAGUCACGCUCACAGCGCUCACAGCGUUUCUCAGAGUCUCGCGCGGGUUCUGACAAACAUGUGACUUCACGAAGGUCGCCCGCUGGACUGUCGCCGCUUCCUGCGUCCUCUACUGGUUUCGAAUCAGAUUCAGAUGAUGGCGGUGACGAAGCACUCUACGUGCAGACUCCGCUGGAACCGCAGUCGUUCGACUUGGAGAGCUUGCGAGCUCAUUUGAGAUCUCAUCAAUGGGACAAGCAGACUCACAGAAUUCUGGAUGGUGUGGUCGGCAAUCCUUCACGACUCUCGGAGACACCGCUGAUACCGAACCGGAGAGGCAAGCUGGAGGACCGAAGCGACCACACGCAUUACCAAGUUUUCGAUGUUGGACCAGAUGGCUCUGUUCUGCCGGUGGACUUCUCUCACAUCGAGAAGGACUUUGGUCGAGCGAUGGCGUUCUGGCAUGCUAUCAAGGAGAUCAACCCAGAGACCAAGCAGAGGCAUGCUGUGGGCCGCAUUACAAUCGUGCGGGAGCCCAGUCCGAUCCUGUUCGGUGCGAUACAUUACACGAUGAACAAGCACUUCGACAUGAACGAGCUUCUCGGUCAUCUCUUUGCAGACGAGAACUCCUCUGCCAAGCUAUUCCGAUCAUUCGAAGACGAUGCACGACGCCAGCGAAGCUUCGUCUUCAACUUCGAGUACUUCACGCUGAUCGGCAAGGACUGUGAGCCGAUGAAGUGGCAGCUCGCGGCCGGGCAAGAAGACCGAAAACCAUGGCACAUUUCAAUCACCCGGUGCAGCUCGGUGGUGGCGCUCGUGCUGAACGGCCCGAAGAUCAAGGAAGUGAAGAACCCACGCAGGCGCAAGGCGAAAGACAAGGGCCCUGUCUAUGAUCCUUUCUCAUCCUGGCAAGUGCUGAACAUCCAAUGCUACCCAGAUCUCCAAGCAAGCCUGGACGUGCACGACUCUACCAAACACUACGUCAACGGCCCCGAAGCCUUCAUGACAACAAUCCUCGGAGAGUUCCGCGACGCCUACCGCCGCUUCAGCGAAAUCACCAAGCGCAUCUCCAAACGAGUCCGCCCGCCCCUCGAAUUCAUGUUCGACUCCGUCAUCCGCGAUAAGCUCCUCUUCGAAGACGACGAGUACACCAUGGCCCGGCGCUACUUCUGGGCCCACACCACCCUCGGCAUCAUGAACGAGAGCAUCAAAGCCCUCGUCGACGCCUACGAGGAACGCUUCACCGACGAAGUCUGGGAGGGCAAGCACAAGACCCUCUGGCCGUUGCUCGACGAAACCUCCACGCGAAACAAACACUACCGCAAGAAAAUGUCCCUGCUCCGCGCGGAGUUCGACCUCAUACUCGCGCGGUUGCGGAGACUAGUAGACGAGAACAACGACCGCCGUCGCGAAAUCCAGGAUUUGCGCGAAGACCUGUUCACAGGUACCUCGAUCCAGGAGAGCCGCAAGUCCGUCAACGCGACCGAAACAACCGUCCAACAAGGGCACAACAUCAAAUUACUCACAAUGGUCUCCAUCUUCUUCCUCCCCCUCACCUUCGUCACCUCCGUCUUCGGCAUGACCGACAUCGAUGAUCCGGAUUACCGCGACUUCACCAUCGUCACCUGCACCGUCUGCGUGCCCUUUUUCGUGCUCAUCGGGUCGUUGAACUCGAGGCGCGGGCUGACGUGGUGGAAAAUCAAGACCCAGGCUUUCUUCGCGGCGAUGGGAGUCUUCUUCGCUUGGAUGACGGGCAGGGAGAAACCUGCCGAUCCCCCGGAGCUGAUGGCGGUGAAGAGUUUCGACAGCCAAUCCCGCGCAGACACCAUCCGGUUGCGCCGUUUCUCGUCUAUGCAGAAUCGGAACGAGCGCGGUGUCGUCCGCGGCGAGACGAUGGUCGAGGAACCCAGCUCUCGAGGCGAAGGCGAUAGGAGGGUAGAAGACGGUUUAGCGCUGGCGGCGAGUGUCUCCCCCGCUGUGCGGCCGAGUUUUGGCAUGGGUAGGGUGGGGACGAGCAGGAUUGCGGAGAUGUGGGGGGAUGAGCGAGAGAGGAAGAGGAGGUUGACUUAUGGGGAAGAUGUGUAG